UCAGUUUAUUUAUUUAUUUAUUCAUUUAUUUAUGUUAUAGAAUACACAACGCAGAAAAGACCGCUAGUAUGGGGCCAUGUCAUUUUGCUUUCUUCUUCUGUACGACAAAGGUGGGACGCAUCUCACUCGAAGAGGGGCGACACCAGCGUCCUCGCCGAGUCCUGGCGACGACUGGCCAGGAGAGCAGCAUCACGGCUCAGCAUGGUCCCGGGCACCAUGGCCAAGCCGGAGCCGGUGCAGAGGGCCUCGCACUUCAUAUACACGUGCCUGGACAUUAUCAAAGUGCCGAGGGCGCCCGAGAUCAAGGAGGUCCUGGAAAAGGGUAACAUCACUUGGCCAAAGCGCAACGAGCGCCCAGAAUUCCUCAGCGCGCUCUUCUACAUGGCGAGAAAGCUGUUCAUCCCCGUCGCUUUUGAUGUCGCGAUCCUGGAGACGGACGAAAGAGCGACAUCGACAUCAAGGACCCAAACUCUAUUUUUCGGCCUGCCCACGCGUUUCCUCGGUCACGCGAGGGCGCUGGCAAGGCUUCAACGGUCGGGCAGGCUCCUUGAUCACCUGCGUCUAACAUACGAGACGCUCGACUUGGGCGUCAACGAGACCAGGCUGAAAGAAAUCGCCAGACACUUCGGUCACUUGGGCGGCUUCUUUGCACGCUACGAGGGGGCGUCUGACUACGUCACAAGGAGCGCCAACGCGUCCUUCUUUCUCCAGUACACGCCCUCGGUGUCGAAGGCUCGCUGGGACGCCCUGACGAAGCGGUACUUCAACAUCUCGCUCAUCGACGACCAAGACAAUUUCCGAGGCGGCGUGGUCAUCCAGGGCGCCGACGUUUUCUCAGCCGUAUUCGAGGUACACGCUAAGCAUGGUGAGCACGUGACCGACGACGUAGUCGGAGGCCUCUGCGUGCAGGCACUCGUCGACUACACGAACUCCGACCUCCUGGCAAGCCUGCUCGGAGGAAGCCGAGAGCUCGCCGCCGAGUCCGUCUACGACAGGUGUUUCUCGGACGCCUACAGGUUCUACGGCGCCGCCAUCGACGCCUACUUCCACCAGCCGCUGAGCCGCGAGGUCGUGGAUCUCCGGCGAGUGGCUACGCUUGUCCACCAGACAUUCUCCCACACGCUCCGCCACGACAAGACAACGCCCGGCGCCGUCGCUUCGGGUGCAGCGACCAAUGAGUCGGCGCUGUCUGGCAGGCACGUGAACUUCGACUUGGCCCUGUCCAGCUUGAACGGUCUCAACAGAAAGAGGUUCGCUGACCUGUACGAGCGCUAUCCGCCGGCGACUGACAGCGCCCUGUACAACUGGAUGCGGCACGCGGCUUUCGCCUCUGCCGGCGGCAAGUCGCCUGCAGGGCUAUCGCUGUGGGACUCGCUGAACGAAGAUUUUGCACGUGCAGCAGGCAGGUUUCUAAAUUUCUGCCUGCGCCUGGCGCACAUGGAAGACCCCUUCUAUGCGGUCAACGUCAGCGCCGCAGUGCUGAUGGCAGGAGUCGGUGCGCGCUUUGCGGCGGCGCUCUUUUACGACUACGUGGCCGCCGGCAGCAGGGAUGACCCUGCGAAGGUGUACACUGAGAACCAGGAGUGCUUAGUCCCUGGGACCAGUGGGGGAUCGUCGGACCUGGAGAUGCAGGGUGCCGUCGCCUCCAUCGAGGUUGCUUGGUCGGCACUGAAAGCUGCGGGCGCGGCGAGAUCUUCCUCGGGAACGUCCAUCGGCCCUGGGGACACCAGUGCCGGAUUGCUCGCCGAUGGACCGCUCUUCUUCUCCUUCUUCUGCUACCUGCUCUGCGGGGAGCCUGACGGCGAACGCCUGUGCAAUGUGCCGCUCCGUCACAGCAGUGUCUUUGCGCGCGUGUUUGGGUGCGGGAAAGCGUCGGUCAUGAACCCGGAGAAGAAAUGUCGCAUGGGCGUGUAGCGAUCGGUGCGCGUUGUCUGUGUGCCCGAGAUGUCCGACUCAGGAGGCGCGCAAGUCUAGCGUGUACAAGCUUACCUUCGAGCCCAAAUAUUUAGGUGUUCGGAAGUCGUUCUGGAAUUAACUGGGCUAAUAUAUGUAGUGAGUUAGAAAGAGGAAAAAGGGAUCGCCUACCAAAACGUUGCUUUGAAGAGGUUAAACAUUUCGGCUUCCACAAGGAAGCUGCAACCUCUUCGACACAACACCAUGUUGUUGGG